GCACGAUAAAAAAAUCGAUAAGCCAUUCAAUCGAUAGUUCUAAAUAUAGUUACGUACAGCACUAUUUUACUUCAAGUCUUCCGAUAAAAAAAUAUAUUUAAAAUCAAAUAGUUAAAAACAUGCUAGUUUGUUCAGUUACAAAUAAUAUAAAAAGUGAAUUUGUUUUGAUCGAUAAUUUAUUUGUGGAAUAAUUAUUAAUGCGUGUCUUUAGAAGUGUUGAAGCGUGUCGCGUGGCGGUGUGGUGCGCGGUGGUGGCGUGGUGCGCGUGCAGUGCGUGGGCGGCGCCCGCACAGCUCUGCAGCGCCGCGGCGGAGGACGACCCGCGCGCUGCCCGCUUCUGCCAGGCUCUAAACACCUUCCUUGAACUAUAUGCUGAAGCAGCUGGCGAGCAAGUACCGGAGUAUCAAGCUUUAGUACGCGAUUAUCCUCAACUUCUCGACACGGGCAUGAAGCGCCAGGACGUCGUGCACUCCUUCCUCCGCUUCGGGCGCCGCUGACCGCCUCCUCUACCGAACCGCAUCUAAGCCUCACCCGUUAAACGUCAACCUUGUUUAUUCGACUAUGUCCAAAAUAUUGUAAGUUCCUUAUAUGUUAGUACAAUUAUCCAGACACUGCGAAAUAUAAAGUAUAUGUAGGCUAUGACGUACUUAUCGCUAAAGUAUUAUAGAUUAAGUAAUGUAAUGGUCUUGUUGUCAACAUUUUUCGCAUUGGUUUGGUAAGCAGAAUAUUUAAUAUUGUAAUGUUUAGAUAAAUAAA